ACGUCACGUAUUUAUUUUGAUCCAGUUAUGUUUCUUGAGAAAGACCCACCAUAGAGAGCUACAAGUUUCAACUCUCACGCAAGAGUAAAAUAUAAUUUUAAGUAGAGUCGUUUCAAGAGAAUCCCGGUUAAAUUAGCUUUGCACAAAUGGAUCCUUUUACGAUGGUUGCAACGGGUGUAGGUGCAGUCGCCGCAGUUGUUGUAGCUCCUGCUGCUCUAGCAGCUGCUGGUUUCACUGCAGGAGGAGUCGCUGCGGGUUCUUACGCCGCCAGUUUGAUGUCAACUGCAGCUGUGGCUAAUGGUGGAGGGGUCGCAGCUGGAUCUGUGGUAGCAGUUCUUCAAUCAGCAGGUGCUGCGGGAUUGUCUGUUGCAGGUCAGGCAGCUGUCGGUGCCUUGGGGGCCGCCAUGGGUGCAGUUGCCAGCAUGGUUAGCAACAGCACUGCAUAACUGAGGAGCUUUGUUGUGUAGUCUAUUAUCAGAUUUGAGCUUAUAUAAAUAAAAUGCACUUUAUUCACCAA